AUGUCUGACAACACGACGAACGGCGAUGCUCAGAACGAACUUCAGGACUAUGACCUCGACAACCCAAUCAACACCUCUUCAGGACUUCGACAAGGACUUACAGCCUAUGGCGAUACCCAUUUCUCCUUAUUCCUGCGCAAGGUAUUCAUCAAAGCUGCCGGCUAUGGCGAAGAUGCGCUUUCAAGACCAAUCGUUGGUAUUAUCAACACUGGGUCCGGCUUCAACCCUUGCCAUGCCAAUAUGCCACAGCUCAUCGAAGCUGUGAAGCGAGGAAUUCAGCUCCAAGGAGCUUUAGCAAUCGAGUUUCCCACUAUCAGCUUGCACGAGUCUUUUGCAUCGCCCACAAGCAUGUUCCUUCGCAACCUGAUGUCUAUGGAUACCGAGGAAAUGAUCAAAGCCCAGCCGAUUGACGUCUGCGUAGCCAUUGGCGGCUGCGACAAGACCACCCCGGCUCAGCUAAUGGGUGGCAUCUCAGCCAACAAACCCAUCUUUCCAUUGAUCGUCGGCCCAAUGAUGCCAGGAUCGUUCAGAGGAACUCGGAUUGGAGCCUGCACAGACUGUCGAAACAAUUGGGCAGCCUAUCGUGCUGGAACCUUGGACAUGGAGGAUAUUGCGGAGAUCAACGCCGAACUGGCACCUACGAUUGGCACUUGUGGAGUUAUGGGCACAGCAAGCACAAUGGCUUGUGUUCUGGUAGCUCUGGGCUUGAUGCCUUUUGAUGGUGCCUCUGCGCCGGCCGUAUCAUCCGCCAGACUGCGAGUAGCAGAGCAAACAGGCGCAGCGGCAGCUCUUGCAGCUAGGCACUCCGAUAAAUCGUUCUACCGACCACAGAGCUUCUUGACUAAGGAGUCUUUCUACAACGCAAUCACUAUCCUUCAAGCUAUUGGGGGCUCUACUAACGCUGUAGUACACCUCAUGGCCAUCGUGAAUCGACACCCGGCACUGGCAGGGACUGAAGCAGUGACGUUGAAGACCUUCGACGAGAUUGGGCGGAAGGUUCCCUUGUUGAUCGAUCUCAAACCCAGCGGCGACAACUACAUGAACGACUUCCACCAAGCCGGCGGCAUGCUAGCACUCCUUCACGAGUUGAAACCACUUCUGCACCUCAAUGCGAUGACACUAUCUGGGAAGACCCUUGGGGAAGAACUCGCAUCGAAACCUUUCAAGACAUUAAAGUUCUCAUCACAGAUCGUUCGACCUUUAUCUGAUCCGCUCUACCCUUCUUCUGCGCUUGCGGUUCUUUACGGCAAUCUCGCUCCAGGUGGUGCAGUCAUCAAAGCCAGCGCCUCAAAAGAUCGUCGACUUCUCGAAUAUUCAGGUCCUGCGGUCGUGUUUGAGAAUACAGAAGAUCUGAGCAGACGAAUCGAUCGUGAUGACCUAGAUGUCACGCCCGACUCUGUGCUUGUGCUGAAGAACAUCGGUCCUAUAGGAAACCCUGGCAUGCCCGAAGCUGGGCUUAUACCUAUACCUCGCAAGCUUAGAGGAACGAACACUGCAGACAUGUUACGACUCUCCGACGGAAGGAUGUCUGGUACUGCAGGAGGCACAAUCGUGCUGCACAUCUCCCCCGAGACGGCAAUUCCUGGUUCUCCAUUCAGACUUGUCAGAUCGGGAGAUAUCAUCAAAAUGAGUCUGGAAAAGAGGUCGUUGGAUGUGGACAUCUCCUCGGACGAGCUGGCCCGGAGGAAAGCUGAAGAUGAGCAAAACAGCGUGGUGGCUGAGGCGGGAGUGGGUGCAAAGGACAACGCACGGCAUCGAAAGAAGCAGAGAGGUUAUCGUGGAUUGUACGAGGCCUCGGUGAACCAAGCGCAAUAUGGCGCGGAUUUCGAUUUUCUAACAGCAAAUGGUGCUAUCUAG